UGUUCCCCCUCCAGAGAGACAGAGAUAGAGAGAGAGAGAGAGAGAGAGAGAAUGGCAGCUCCAGGGAAAUGCUUGCUGGUAGCUGGUCCUCCCGGCGUUGGUAAAACAACUCUGAUCAUUAGGGUUCUGGAAAGCCUUAAAAUUUCUCAUCCUAACCUCAAGCUUCAGGGUUUUUACACUCGCGAGAUUAGGCAAGGAAAUGAGAGGGUUGGGUUUGAAGUGGUUACAUUAGACGGUCGUACAGGAGCCCUUGCUUCCACCACCACUUCAAGCCCAGAGUCUAUAAGAUGGCCAACUGUGGGGAGAUACAGAGUGGAUAUAGCAUCAUUCGAAUCAUUGGCUUUGCCUGAGUUACAGGUCAAGGAAGAUACUGAUCUCUUCAUCAUAGACGAAGUUGGUAAGAUGGAGCUCUACAGUUCGUCAUUCUUCCCUGCAGUACUAAAGGUUCUAGAAUCCAAUGUUCCAAUGUUAGCUUCCGUCCCCAUUCCAAGAGGUGGUCGGGAUAUACCUGGAGUUGCGAGGUUGAAAAAUCAUCCAGGGGCAAGCAUUUUCACACUGAGCACUGCCAACAGGGAUGCGAUUAAAGAUCUCAUUUACUCACAACUAGCGCACUCGCUGCAAAAGCAUUAGAUGAUGCCAAGAGAAUGCCAAUCGCAAACAUCCACAUGCGGAGAACAGGAGAGGCAUCCGAGGGGGGGAAGAGGCGCAACCAUUUGGUGCUGCUAUGGAUUUUUGUAGCUACAGAAGAACUGGUCUACUCUCCAAAAUGGUGAUUUUACUACAGAUAACAUUGCAGUUUGUUCAAGGAGGGAUUUCUAAUAUUUGUGCUGUGCCACUGCUCGUUAAUAGGAGGAGAAAUUUAAUAGGCUGAUCGAUCAAAAUUUAAAAUUUUGGCCCUUUUGGUCAUGUUCUCUCUCAAAAAGAAUCUACUCACUGGAAAGUUGUUCUCUAACCUGUAGACAUACUUUCACUAUUCUGAAGCUCGUAGUUCUAUUUAAGGUUUUGCG